UGGCUUCUCACUGGAUUCAUUUCCGAUUACCAAAAACCCUUCCGCCCAAAACACAAACUUUCGCCGUCCGGGGAGAAGCGGCGGCGCCGGAUACGGGAUACCAUGGCGGUGGCGGCGGUCGCGGGGAAGCUGGGAGCGGGAGGUGAUCCGGUGGCGGUGGAGGUUCUCCUGCCGCCUCUGUCGGAGGCGGAUCCCCUUCACGCAGAGAAGAAGAGGAUACUGGAAAAUAGGAACCUAUCUUGUGAAAUUCAGAUUCCUGUUACAUGUUCUGCUGCCGAUGCCCUCAAAUUACUGGAUCAGAUUAUUGAAGCUGCUAGGGUAGUGUACAUGGAUGAGCUAGAGCUUUAUUUUGCAGGAGAUGAUGUCGGUCCAUUCUCUGCAAGGAAUGAACUUGAAUCUCUAAAUGUUUUGUUCAAAACAAUGAAAAAAUUGCUUCUAACUUCCAAUGCCGCUGCCAAGGAAGUACUACAGAUACUACAGGAUGAGAUAGUUGUUAAGCUGAAAUCUGUUGGAAAGUCAGACGAUGCUUGGAUGGUUGUUCAAACACAGAACCAUGAUGCUGAAGAUUCUCUUCUGAAAUGGGGGGAGCAUCUUGGUGUUAAAUCUAUAUUGCAGAUAGCCUUUUUUCAGGGAGCUGGAAGAGGAAUGGUAGCUUCUGAAAGUAUAGGUGUGGGGGAAAUUGCUCUUGAAAUUCCAGAGUCCCUCAUCAUAUCUGAUGAACUUCUUUGUCAAUCUGAAGUGUUUCUUGCAUUAAAAGAUUUCAAUAGUAUCACUUCUGAGACUAUGUUAUUGUUGUGGAGCAUGAGAGAGCGGUAUAAUCUAGCUUCAAAGUUUAAACCAUACUUUGAUACACUCCCGGCAAAUUUCAAUACAGGCUUGAGUUUUGGAAUUGACGGACUUGCUGCAUUAGAAGGAACCCUUCUUUUUGAUGAGAUAAUGCAAGCUAAGCAGCACUUGCGCCAGCAGUAUGAUGAAUUAUUUCCCUUACUUUGCACAAAUUUUCCUGAGAUAUUCCGGAAGGAUGUGUGCACAUGGGACAAUUUUCUGUGGGCAUGUGAACUAUGGUAUUCCAACAGUAUGAUGGUUGUUCUAAGUAGUGGGAAAUUAUCAACUUGCUUGGUUCCUGUUGCUGGACUUCUCAAUCACUCGGUGUCCCCUCAUAUUUUGAACUAUGGUCGAGUAGAUGAAGCUACAAAAUCAUUGAAGUUUCCUUUGUCUCGGCCCUGUGAUGCAGGGGAGCAAUGCUUUCUCAGUUAUGGAAAACAUCCAGGGUCACAUCUUGUUACAUUCUAUGGUUUCCUACCAAGAGGAGAUAACCCUUAUGAUGUUAUACCUUUAGAUCUUGACACAUCUGCGGAUGAUGAGGACGGCACAGCUCAGUCUGUGACAACAAGCCAAACCACUCAUAUGGUUCGUGGGACAUGGCUGUCUAGAUCUGGAGGAUUCCCCACGUAUGGCCUGCCUCAGCCCUUGCUGUCCCAUCUCCGUGCUGCUCUAGGUUGUGAUAUAGACGAAUCCACUACGGAAGCUGAUAUAAAGGAAAAUGACAAGGUGGUGCUGGAAACAAUCCUGUCCAUAUUUAAUCCCAUGCUUGAAGCAUUGCCUGAGCAAGAUGAUUCCCACCGGGAGGGCGCCAGUUGGGAUGUGAAGCUAUCAUUGGACUACAAAGAUCUGCAGAGAAAGAUAAUAUCGUCCAUUGUCACUUCCUGUACCUCAGCCUUGGAAAAUUUUUAACUCAUGCUAGAUGCAAUCAUGGAUGGAAGUGCUUCACUGAUUGAAUUGCAAGAACCACACACUGGAGCCCUGUUGGAAUGCCUAUGCUGACGUGUAGAUUGCGAAGCUGUUGCACAUGGGUUAUCUGCACCAACUGCAAUUUGUGAGCAUCUCGACUAACUGAAGUUGCUCGUCGUGGGUUUGCUUCAUCCGAGGAGUGCGGAGUCAUGGGUUGUGCUUCCAUGGCUUGUGAUGAUUCAAGUCGCACCUGAUUGUUACUGCAUAGUGGCGUUUGGUGAAAGAAUCUACUUUUGAACUAGUUCUUUGGGAACCAAAAUUGCUUUUGGAGUUUUGGUGAACGAAAGCUACUUUUGAACUAAUUUCAGCGCAAUGUGCUUGUAGUCCAUGUGCUAAAAUCGCCAAGCAGGGGUAAAUUGUGUGUUGCAAUACACUGUAUAUUCGACAAUACAUAUUGGCUAGCACCGAUAGUAGAGCUAGCGGCCGGUGCCCGCUAUAGCUAUAAGAGCAUCUCAACCAGAUCAGGAUAUCCAAUUCUCUAUAUGCAGCUUAAAGAAAUUGAGAAAACAGACUUUUGGAGUAUAGGAAAAUUGUGCUCUAGCUCUAGUACAUUGAGGGAGAAAAGAGGAUUGAGGGGGAAAAAAACCUGCUUGUUCCCCUCUAUUUGUGAGAUUUUUUGAGAAAAAAAAUAUAAGGAAAUGGGAUCUGCUCAGUUAUUUUUUUCA